AUUUGAUUGUUUUUUUUUUCUUUCAACCUGAAAGCAAGUUUUUCUUGGGUUUAUUGAUCAUUGCAUUGUCUAAUUUUUUUGGGUUAGAAGUUAGAGAGUUGCAUUUGUGGGUUAUGUGAGUUUGGGUUCAUCUGCGGAGACAUUGUUUGUUGGGGAUUUUAUUUUAUUUUUUAAAAAACUUUGCGGUAGUAGAAAAGGGUGUUUUCAGCAUUUCGGAUGCUGGUUUGCCUUCAACUGACUGAAUUUUCAAGUUUGAUUGGGAAUGCUUAUGAUUGAUUAUGUGUCCAUUUUGGUUGUUCCUUCCUUUUUAAAAAUAAAUAAAUUUGUGGGUAGGGGAAGGGGAAAUGGGAAAGGAAUUGAACCCUCACCAACAAUGCGAAAAGUUUCUUUUUCUUUUUUGAUGACCGUGGUGUCCGGGUUCCACAUGAUACCUGCUACCUCGCACCAGCAACAGCUAUCAAGCAACUUUGUCCACCAAGUCUAGAUGGAUGAGAAGAAUCACCUCCUGUUUUUGUCUCCAUUGGGAGAAACAGUGCCAACAAGGCUCACUGAGUAAUUUGGAGGUUGCAUUUAAAUCCAUUAAAGAAUGCCGGUCAAUCCAAGAGUUAAGAAGGCAUUUCGUGCUAUGAAAAGUAUUGGCAUCGCUGAGGAAAAGGUGAAGCCAAUAUUGAAGAGCCUUCUAAAACUAUAUGACAAAAAUUGGGAGCUUAUUGAAGAGGAAAACUAUAGAGCACUUGCAGAUGCUAUAUUUGAAAAGGAGGAAGCAGAGGCGACGGAACAUAAGAAGCCUGAAAAUAAUGAACCGCUUGAACAGCGAGAGGAAGUUUUAGAGGAAGAAGCAGUGCAUGAGGAGCCUGAAAGGCCACUAAAGAGAUUGCGGUUAAGAUAUCAAGAAGGUCAAGCUUCACCUUCCACUAACAAUUCUAGUGCCGGGAAUUCUCUUAAAAGGCCUAGACGGGAGGAGGAAGGUGAAUUACCUGGACCUCGUUAUCAGAACCAGUCACAAGGGGAAGCAAAUCCUAGUUCUCAUGGGAAUAAUCUUAGAUUGUACGAAACUCAAACAUCUCAAAUCGUGGCCAGGGGUAAGAGUUUGGUUGCUGCUAAAUCUUCCAAUGCAUCAAAACUCAAAGAGCCAAAGGCAGAACCAGGUGGACAACUAUCCCCUAAACAGAAGAUGUCGGGAUCCCUUGCUUUAAUCAAACCUAAGGAUGAACCAUAUACUGAUGAUAUGCCACAGUUUGAGGUUCCUAUUGCUGUUAUUCACCCAGAGCUGCCAAACAAGGGAGAUACUUCAAGUGGUAAUGCUUCAAGGAGACGUUCAGAAACUUCUGAACCUUUAGCGAUAGAACUGAGAGGUGGAAGAGAUUCAGGCGAGAAAAUUACGACUUCAUUGAAUGGAGUGGCAACCAGUCGUGAGCUGGUAGAAGUCCAGGAUAGAUGUCACACUGAUGUAGAUAUUGCCUCCUCACUAUCUGGAGAGGUAAAAGUCUCCAUAAACUGUGACCCAGCUCUUUGUAGAUCAGAUUUCCAUAUGCCAAGUCUAGAAUCAGUUCUGAAGAUGGUGGAGCUUAAAUGUCUUAAAUCAUACAAAAUCCUGGACCCUAACUUUUCUGUGAUGAAGCUGAUGAAAGACAUGUGUGAGUGUGUUUUGGAACUGGGAACUCAACAUAGUCCUAAAUUGCAAUCAACCACAGAUGUUGCUGCAGAAAAUGAUUUUGGCUCUAGAAACAUGACUGUUAAUUCGUCAAAUGAAUUUAUGAAUUCUGAAAUUGAUGCUGGGGAUGCUCAACAAAAGAUACCGCGACUCUCUCCUCUUCACAUUGGUGAAGACAACACUCAUGCUGGUCAUAUUGCAUCAAUGGACCACUGUGGUGGUACUCCAGAAACUGAUCAGAAUGGUGUUGAACAGACUAAUCCAUGGAAUAUGGAGGCUCCAUGUGAAUUAAUUCUGGGUGAAAUAGGUUCUUUUGAUUCCUUAAAUGAGUUCCUGAACUCUGAUCUUGGUGCUGGGAAAGCUCAACCAGAGAUACCUCAUCUCACUUCUUAUAUUGGUGAAGACAGCACUCAAGCUGAUCAUCCAGCAUCAACGGGCAACUGUGGUAUUGCUCCAGAGACCAAUCAGAGUCGUCUUGAACAGACUAAUUCAGAGAGUCUGGAGGUGGUUCCGUGUGAAGUGACUCCGCAUGAUGUAGGGUCUGUUGAUGUCAUUGAUAUAACCAAGGGGCAAGAAAAUGUUAUAAUUUCUUUGGUGAAUAGAGUUAAUAGCAAUCAUCCACCACCAUUCCACUACAUAGCUUCCAAUGUGGUUUUCCAGAAUGCUUUUGUAAACUUUUCUCUGGCUCGUAUUGGAGAUGAUAAUAGUUGUUCAACUUGCUCUGGUGAUUGUUUAUCAUUGUCCACACCUUGUGCUUGUGCACACGUAACCGGGGGUGCUUUCGCCUACACAAAGGAAGGCCUUAUAAAAGAAGAGUUUCUUAAAGAAUGUAUUUCCAUGAAUCGUGACCCCAAGAAACACUGCCAGUUCUUUUGCAAAGAGUGCCCAUUGGAAAGAUCAAAAAAUGAGGACAUUAUAGAAGCUUGUAAAGGUCAUCUGAUGAGAAAGUUCAUAAAAGAGUGUUGGUGGAAAUGUGGCUGUAACAAACAAUGUGGCAACCGUGUAGUACAGCGAGGUAUAAGCCAUAAGUUACAGGUCUUUAUGACUUCGGAAGGGAAAGGAUGGGGCUUGCGGACCCUUGAAGACCUUCCCCGAGGUGCUUUUGUCUGCGAAUAUGUUGGAGAAGUUCUGACCAACGUAGAACUCUUUGAUCGUGUUUCACGGAGCCCCAACGGGGAGGAACAUUAUUAUCCAGCCCUGCUGGAUGCUGACUGGGGUUCGGAGGGUGUCCUGAAGGAUGAGGAGGCUCUUUGUUUGGAUGCUACAUUUUUUGGGAAUGUUGCCAGGUUCAUCAAUCACAGAUGCUUCGAUUCAAAUUUGGUUGAAAUACCAAUUGAAAUAGAGUCUCCUGAUCACCACUACUAUCAUCUUGCUUUUUUCACUACAAGAAAGAUUAAGGCAAUGGAGGAGCUCACUUGGGAUUAUGGUAUUGAUUUUGAUGAUCUUGAACAUCCAGUCAAAGCAUUUAGCUGCCAUUGCAGUAGCAAGUUCUGCCGAAAUAUGAAACGUCCAAGCAGAUCUAGAUCAAGAAGGUAGACCUGAGAUGGUGAUCUUCUCCGAGUAUAUUUUUUCCAGUUUCCUGAUCUUGGGCGGUUCACGAAGCUGUUGUGUUCAAACUCAGUCAUGGUGAUGUUUUUUGUAUCUCUGAAGGGUUCUAGCGCCGAUGUGCAUUAUAUGUACAAAAUGUAAUGCUUAACAUGUUUCUAGUUGUUUAAAUGACACUAUUGAGGCGCUAUUUUUGUAUAGAAGUUUCAAGGAUGUGGCUCAGAGCUGGAUUAGCUGCAUAUUGGUUGUAUAUGAUGAUGUUUUUUGUCCAUAGGACUACAUGCUGGAAUGCGUAACCUUCUUUUUUUGAAUCUUACUGUUCUGCUACUUAUUUUGUUUCCUUUGAGGUUAAAAUGAAUCUCACUAUCUUUUAUGGACAAGAA